GUUACCCUAGGCAUCCAGUCUAUCCAGGAUACAUAUAUCAUUCUUCUUUCCUCUCGGGGCGAUUCAACCAUCAUCCAUCACUUCCCCAGACCAUGACUACAUCUGACACAACUACACCUUUAUUUCAAAAGACUGACAACAAAAACGCAAACAUCUUCAAUGUCGCCAUGACCUUCUCCAUCAUUUCUACAACCAGUAUGGACACCAGCAGCAGCAAAAAUGAUUCCUCGGCGAGUUUCAGCAACCCGUGGUACGAUGGCACUUUCUACCCAGACUGCGACGUGAACGACUCCCUAGAUUGCGAAGACACCGGGGCCGCGAGCCUGUGCCUGAUGUGCGACCAAGAAGGCACCAAGCAGUGCGGCAGCUGCCAUGAGGCGCGCUAUUGCUCCCCGUCCUGCCAGACGGGCGACUGGGCAUACACGACGAAGAGGGUAUGUCCAGUGGCGGGCGACGGAUACUUGAACGCGCGCAGGCUGGCCAUGGAGCCGCAGGACUUCCGGGCGCACGACUUUCGGUCCGUCGUCAACUUCCUGCAUGCGAAGAUCCCGAAACAGUGCGUCGUUGACCCGGAGCGCUUCGUCCUGUGCCGGGAUUGCGAGAUGGUCCCCGCGGUCAAGGUCAACUGCGACGGCGACGUCGCGCGCUUCCGGCAUUCUUGCCCGAGGGCGUCUCGGAGCUGCCGCGCUUCGAGUCCGUCGUGGUUCCUGCCUGCAUGCCGGCCGUCAUGCAGCAGCGCGUGUCGUGGGCUGCGCUGCUCGGCCUGUCGUGGGAUGUCCGCCUGGCGCACAGCAACACGGACCUAAGCCCGGAAGACCGCACCAACGU